AUGGGCUCUUUGCUGCAUGUCUCCUCGAGUGCCACUCAACAUAGCAAGCUUCAUCGGGCUUACCAACUCCUGUUUUUCCAUGUGCACCCGUUCUGGCUCCAGCUCUUGUACUUUGUAUCCAUCUCCUCCUUCGGUUUCGUGAUCCUCAAAGCCCUGCCCAUGAAGACCGGCAUGCCCAUGGACCUGGACCUGAUCUUCACGUCGGUAUCGGCGACGACGGUGUCGAGCAUGGUGGCUGUGGAGAUGGAGUCCUUCUCCAACCCCCAGCUCCUACUCCUCACCCUCCUCAUGCUCCUCGGCGGCGAGGUGUUCACCAGCAUGCUUGGCCUGCACUUCACCUACCUCAAGUCCAAGAAGAAAGAAGCACAAGCCCCCCACGAGCAUGACGAUGCUGACAAAGGCAAACCAGCACCAUCAUCUAGCCUACAGCUCACCGCUACCACCUGCAUGGAUGAUGUCGAUCGUGUGGAGCAAGGGUUUAAGGACCAGCCCCGUUACGAUCGUGCCUUCCUCACCAGGUUGCUCAUGUUCAUAGUGCUUGGCUAUCACGUGGUGGUGCACCUCGCCGGCUACUCCUUGAUGCUGGUCUACCUGAGCGUCGUCUCCGGCGCAAGGGCUGUGCUCGCCGGCAAGGGGAUCAGCCUGCACACCUUCUCCGCCUUCACCGUCGUCUCGACAUUCGCCAACGGUGGCUUCGCGCCGAACAACGAAGGGAUGGUCGCCUUCCGGUCCUUCCCGGGCCUCCUGCUCCUCGUCAUGCCGCACGUCCUCCUCGGCAACACGCUCUUCCCUGUCUUCCUCAGCUCGGCGGUGGCGCCGUACGUGAGGGGGCCACACCCUGGAGACGUGUGCUGCCUCUUCAGACAUGCCACCACACCUUAA